AAUUUCUUCUUGGACAUUAAACACCAAGGGAGAGAACAAUCUCGGUCCAAGGGAGUGGGCUGCUCUGUAGUUGGAGCCGUCUCGAACCUGGACACCGAGAGUAAGCUGAGCGUCUACUACCGCGCCCCGUGGCCCCAGCACAGGGGCAUCUUCCUCCCAGCCACGAGGCCGCCCUGCGUGGAGGAGCUGCACCGCCGCGCCCGGCAGAGCCCGCAAGCCCUGCGCAGAGAACACCGCAGCAGGAGCGACCGCCGGGAGCAGAGAGCCACAGCCCCGCUGGCUGUCGCGGCUCCUCCACUGCCCGCCUACCCCCCAGUGCACGGCCAGAGGCGGCGCGAGGCGAAGGACCGGCACUUCCUAACGUUUAACAGCACCCGUUCGCCCUCCCCCACUGAGUGUUGCCACAUGACCCCAUGGAGUAGAAAGUCCCAUCCCCCGGAAGAUGAAGAUACAGAUGUCAUGUUAGGCCAGAGGCCAAAAAACCCAGUACACAAUAUCCCCUCGACACUGGACAAGCAGACCAACUGGAGCAAAGCACUACCUCUCCCAACACCAGAGGAGAAAAUGAAACAAGACGCCCAAGUGAUCUCUUCCUGCAUUAUUCCCAUCAACGUCACUGGAGUUGGUUUUGACAGAGAGGCUAGUAUACGCUGCUCUCUUGUUCAUUCACAAUCCGUACUCCAGCGGAGACGCAAGCUGAGGAGGAGGAAAACCAUCUCGGGUAUUCCCAGAAGAGUCCAACAAGAAAUAGAUUCCGAUGAAUCCCCCGUGGCCAGGGAGAGGAACGUGAUCGUGCACAUGCAUCCGGACCCUGCCGGCACUGUCACCAGGAGGUCUGGAACCCGGGACUCGGAGUGCCAAACCGAAGAUAUCCUGAUCGCCGCCCCGUCCAGAAGGAGAAUCAGAGCUCAGAGGGGACAGAGCAUCGCCGCCUCCCUUUCUCACUCUGCUGGCAACAUCUCCGCGCUGGCAGACAAAGGCGACGCCGUGUUUGCCUCGGCGGUGAGCAGCCGCACGCGGUCUCGCAGCCUUCCCCGGGAGGGCAACAGAGGUGGCGACGCUGAGCCCAAAGUGGCCGCUACGCCGUCCGCCCAUGAAGAGGGGAUGCCUUUCGCGAGCGACCAAGAGAGAAGCACUAAGGACGGCGGCGACGCGACCGGCAGUCCGGGCGCGCGGGAGCGCAGGCCCGCCUUGGGCCUGCCUUGCUCUCAGCAUCUCCACAGCCCCCAGCACAAGUCAGGUGAGAGGGGCAGGUCACGCCUGUCCCGCAUGGCUGCCGACUCUGGCAGCUGCGACAUCUCCUCCAACUCGGACACCUUCGGGAGCCCCAUCCACUGCAUCUCCUCGGCCGGCGUCCUCCUCAGCAGCCACAUGGACCAGAAGGACGAGCACCAGUCGUCCAGCGGCAACUGGAGCGGGAGCAGCUCCACGUGCCCCUCGCAGACCUCAGAGACGAUCCCCCCAGCGGCUUCUCCUCCCCUCACCGGCUCGUCACACUGUGACUCGGAGCUGUCUCUAAACACGGCCCCUCACGCUAAUGAGGAUGCCAACGUCUUCGCCACCGAGCCGUACACCGACCACCUGGACAAAGCGAGGGGCCAUCGGGCAAACUCCUUUACCUCCACGGUGGCCGACCUGCUGGAUGAUGCCAACAACAGCAACACAAGUGACAGUGAGUGGAAUUACCUGCAUCACCAUCAUGAUGCCUCCUGCCGCCAGGAUUUUAGUCCUGAACGCCCCAAGGCAGACAGCCUGGGCUGCCCGAGCUUCACGAGCAUGGCCACUUAUGACAGCUUUCUGGAAAAGUCUCCAUCAGACAAAGCAGACACUAGCUCUCACUUUUCAGUGGACACAGAGGGAUACUACACUUCCAUGCACUUUGACUGUGGUCUCAAAGGUAACAAGAGCUAUGUCUGUCACUAUGCAGCCCUGGGCCCAGAGAACGGCCAGAGCCUUGGGGUUCCUCCUGCUCUUCCGGACUGUGCCUGGCAGGACUACUUAGACCACAGGAGGCAGGCAAGACCGAGCAUCUCUUUCAGGAAACCAAAGGCAAAGCCAACCCCACCUAAACGCAGCUCAUCGCUGAGGAAGUCCGAUGGAGAUGCAGACAGCUCUGAGAAGAAAGAACCAAAGAUAAGCCCCGGCCAGCUCCUGCCUCACAGUUCCAGGGAAAUGAAGCUGCCUCUUGAUUUCUCCAACACGCCUUCUCGAAUGGAAAAUGCCAACCUCCCCGCCAAGCAGGAAUCUUCUUGGAUGAACCAGAGUGAACGUGGUAUUAAGGAACCUCAGUUAGACACUUCAGAUAUUCCACCAUUCAAAGACGAAGGUACUGAAUCAACUCACUAUGCAGAUCUCUGGCUUCUAAAUGACUUGAAAACAAAUGACCCUUACAGAUCUUUAUCCAACUCAAGCACUGCUACGGGUACCACGGUUAUCGAAUGCAUCAAAUCUCCGGAGAGCUCCGAAUCCCAGACAUCCCAGUCAGAAUCAAGAGCCACCACCCCAUCCCUUCCUUCUGUUGACAGUGAGUUUAAACUGGCCUCUCCAGAAAAGCUGGCUGGCUUGGCGUCCCCAUCAAGUGGCUAUUCGAGCCAGUCGGAGACACCAACCUCCUCUUUCCCUACAGCUUUCUUUUCUGGUCCGCUGUCUCCUGGAGGGAGCAAAAGAAAACCGAAAGUCCCAGAAAGGAAAUCCUCACUACAGCAACCCUCUUUAAAAGACGGAGCUCUGUCACUGAGUAAAGACCUUGAACUUCCAAUUAUACCUCCUACCCAUCUUGACCUAAGUGCUCUUCACAGCGUCUUGAAUAAACCAUUCCACCACCGUCACCCACUGCACGUGUUUAGUCAUAAUAAGCAGAACCCAGUAGGAGAAACACUCAAGUCCAAUCCUCCCCCAUCCCUUGCAAUUACACCGACAGUCCUGAAAUCUGUUAACCUUAGGUCCCUCGGUAAGUCUGAAGAAGCUAAGCAAAAAGAAGGCACCAAAACAGGUCUCCCCUACGGAGAGCAUGGUGCUCUCACAAUGGCUGCCCUGUCUCCAGGUGAGAUGAAGCCACAUAUGGGUAAGAAAUCAGUAUCACGUCAGUACUCCACUGAAGACACUAUACUGUCCUUUUUCGACUCCUCUGCACUUGAGAUGGGACCAGAUAAACUACAGUUAGAGAAAAAAUCUACUUUUGAUGUAAAGAAUCAUUGUGACCCAGAAACAGUAACCUCAUCUGGUAGCAAUCUUCUAGAUUCAAGUGUCACAAAAGACCAAAUACCUAUGGAGAGUGAGCCUAUCCCAGAAAACACACCGAGUAAGAGUUGUGACUUUCCCACAGAAGGAUUUCAGAGGGUCUCUGUCGCCCGCCCAAAUGAUGUGGAUGGUAAGACCCUCCAACACGGAGCUGAUGCAGAGGGAGCACUGGCUCAGGCGCAGAAGGCAUCCCCUGCAGACGGGGAGGAAGCCACACGCCUGGAGUCCGCAGACAUGCUCACGACUCAGUCAGACUCACCAACCAGACCCCCAGACAUAAGCAGUCAACUUAAGCAUCACCUUGGGAUGAGCCGCCACCAUGACAAAGUGCCUGCGAAUAUCAGCCACGAGGCAGAGGUGUCAACUGCAAAUUCAUGCCCUGAAAAAUUCUCUGAGCAGGAAAAUACUGCUUCAGGUAUUUCAGCCAAAAGUGCCUCUGAUAACAGCGGAGCAGAGGAGGCCCAAGGAAGCAUGGAUGAGCUGUCACGGAAAGAAUCGUCACCGAGUGAUGACUCUAUGAUUUCGCCACUUAACGAAGACUCUCAGGCCGAAGCAGAAGGUGUGUUCGUGUCUCCAAACAAACCUCGUACGACUGAGGAUUUAUUUGCAGUCAUUCACAGGUCCAAGAGGAAAGUACUUGGAAGAAAAGAUUCUGGGGAUACGUCUGCUCGAAGUAAAUCGAGGGCUGCGCUUGGCAGUGGUGGCGGCGGCGGCCCCGCUUCGGUCGCUUCGCCCAACAGCAGCGCGCAGGCGCCAAGCAGCCAGCGGUCCCCCGGCCUCAUCUACCGAAGCGCCAAAAAGUCCAACACGUCGAACGAGGAGUUUAAGCUGCUGCUCCUCAAGAAGGGAAGUCGCUCGGAUUCCAGUUACCGCAUGUCGGCUGCCGAGAUCCUGAAGAGCCCCAUCCUGCCCAAACCUCCCGGGGAGCUCCUGGCCGAGACCCCGCAGGGCGCCCACGAGGCCCCGCAGGGGGGCCCCGGGGCCGAGGCGCUGUCCCCGCUCUCGCCGUGCUCCCCAAGAGUCAACGCGGAAGGCUUUGCCUCCAAGAACUUUGCCACGUCGGCGGCCGCGCGGGUCGGACGCUCGCGAGCGCCCCCUGUGGCCAGCAGCAGCCGCUACAGCGUCCGCUGCAGGCUCUACAACGCGCCCAUGCAGGCCAUCUCGGAGGGGGAGACGGAAAAUUCCGACGGCAGCCCCCACGACGACCGGUCCUCCCAGAGUUCCACCUAGGGGGCCCGGGCCGGGC